AUGGCAGACCUCAACCCCUCCAAGUAUUUGACCAUCACCCUUCGAGAACUCGACUUCCACGAACCUAUUCCCAAGCGAGUCAUUACCCUCGAAGCCCCAGAUUGGGAGAUUAGAAUCGGUCGGGGUUCUGGGAGCCGUGUGGAGGAAUUCGCCCCUGCUGAGGACAAUGCCUGGUUUGAUUCCAGGGUCCUAUCAAGACGACAUGCCAUUCUACGUGGGAAUCCGAUAACCAAGGAAAUCUAUAUUCAAGAUAUUGGGUCGAUGCAUGGCACUUUCGUCGCUGGCAAGAGAGUGAAUACGAAUCAGAUGGAGCCCAUUUGGCCCGAAGACACCGUGAUACUGGGCUCUGAUGUGAUAAGAGGAAGUUCCCACUUCAGUGCCCUGCGGUUCAUGGUCACUUGGAAUUGGUGUGACGAAAUUUUUCACCAACUAGACGCAACCCAGACAAAUCCAGGAGUAAGAACGUAUCAAAACACCUUCUCGGCCGACUACAGUGACGAGGAAGCAUAUUCCGAUCCUUCUAUCCAAAUCUCCAGCAAUCCAGAGGAGAACGAGGAUGAGCACGAGGAGAGAAAUACUGAACAUCAUUCAGACCCAGAGGACGAAGACCAGGUCAUCCAAGACUCUGUCCGAGAAGCCAGCAUCGAGAUAGUCGUUCCCGAGGUGACAACCUUCGCCGUUCCUGAAUCCGACGACGCAUCCAAUACUCAAAGUCACACUUCGGGGGCAGAUGUCUCCGGCGAAGAAAGCCCGACCUCCAGCCCGUUGAUUGCAAGCGAUACCCAUGAGGACAAGGGCGCCCCUCCUGAGAAUAUCCCCCACCUGUUUCAGGGUCCCGAUAUCUGCUCUGCCAGCUCUGACUAUACAGACCAUUCUCAAGUUCUUGUCCCUAACUCAGGCCAGCAGGCAGAGGUGCUACCAACCAUGGAUGAGAAUACCUCUGAGGAAGAUUCAUACGGCGAUGAUGAGCUUGAAAACACAUACUCAGACUCCUUCAGCUCGCUCAAUAUCCCUUCUAUCAACGUUGACAACCCGGCAAAACCUCUUGGUGCCUGCUUGAGUCCUCCGGGCGUCACAGAUCACCCGGAACAUGUUCGCGCCCCAAGCCCGUCCGAUGCGGCAAUGGUCAAGCCGACGACCGAAUCUGGACUUCGCGUCACAUUGACUGCCCCACCGUUUUCGAGCUUUGAGUCGUCUAACCCACAUUCCGGUCCGAUGGACAACCACGUUGCACAAGGUCGCCUCAGUUCUGCAUGGGCCGGACACAAUUCAGUCUUGUAUGAACCGGUUGCACAUCCGCUUGUGCCGGAACAGUCUGCAUCAGUCUACUACCCUUCUUAUGGCCGUUAUAUGUCUCUUUACACUGAUCCAUGCACCUUCCAAAGUCCCAUGAUGCCGACUCAGGCACAACCCCCUUCGCCACUCUCGAUUGCUAGUGUUGUGUCACAACAGCAAACAUCGAAGGAUAUAGACGGCGCAAAGAAGCGCAAAUGUGACCAGAUCUCUUCUGAUGAAUGUCCAGGGGCAAACACAGUUUCCUCUGACUCUUAUUCCUCCGAAGCCAAGGAUGUUCACGCGACAAGUGUUGCAAUUGGGGUGCGAGAGACCAGCAGUGUCAAUGGUGAUACCUUGCUGGACCCAUCAACUUCGGAGGUGGCAGAGCGUAACGCAUCUAUGCAUGUCGAGAUGCCAGCACGCAAGAAAGUCAAAAAGAACACAGUCAAGGCUCCUGAGCAGCGGGAUAGUGGCCGCAAUAGCUUUGCCAAGACAGCUGGAGCAACCAUUGCCGGUAUGGCCAUUGGGGCCGUCGGCAUGUUCAUUGGGCUUCUUGCUCUACCAGAAGAUUACUUCAUGUGA